AUGGAUCCUGAAGUAUGUCCAUUUUUCCUAAAACCUCCAACCUUCCAGGUCCAAAUCCCGACUAUUUUAAACGCACCCGGCCAAGUUGCAGGCGCCAAUAUCGGUCGCAGUUUGCGGGCCUGGUUGGUUCUCCUGAGCGCCUUUGCUUGCACUGCUGUCGUCGAUGGUCUUAUCCUUUCCUUCGGACUACACGUCCUUGAGAUGAUGGAGGCUGCUACAUUCAACACAUGGGAUACCGAUGGCACUGAUAUUUCAUUCCUCCUUUACCUCCUUCCUGGUGCACUCCUCACUGGAAUGCAUUUAUACGCCAGUCCCUUGGCCAAUGUACUAUCCAACCGAUUCGACUACCGACCAGUUGCAAUGGUCAGUGCUCUUCUCUUUGGUCUCAUUCUGGUGGGUAGCGCGUUCCUUAAAAACCUCGAGGCUUUUUCACUCUUCUUCGGCAUUUGUGGAGGUCUGAGCUGCGGCCUCCUCUACUUUCCCUCGCUUUCCAUUGUGGCGCAGUGGUUCGAGUCCCGACGGGCACUAGCGGUGGGCCUGGCGAUUUGCGGUUCUGGAGUGGGUACUUGCCUCAUGGCACUUUGUGUUCCCAGUGGUGUGCGCGCCUUCUCUUGGCGCGGCCUCCUCAUCAUCUUUGGCGCUGUCUUCUUCCAGCUCUCGGUAGGCUGCUUUUCACCUCGGGCAGGGCUAGUCGAAAAUGUUUUUUUCUUCCUGUGUCUCGGCAUUGCGGUGCUCAGAGUCACCAGGCAUGGUAAGGCGUAUCAGCAGGAGGGCUUGAAGGCUUUAGCAAUCGCACUAUUCCGUCCAGUUGAAGUGCAACAGGUGAUAGACCUAGAAAAGUCCCGACGUCGUGCUGUGGAACGUCGUCGCCGACUAGAACGCGAACGAAUUGCAGCUGCCAUUCGGCACGAAAGGCUCCGACAAGUCGCCGGCCGGGCACAAAAUCAGCAAAGGAAUGUCACCUCACGCGUAGGCGGUGGGAUAAUGAGCCGCAUUCUGGAAGAGAAGUUCCGACAGCGCAGCACCUCAACUGGCAGCCUAGACGGCAUGGUGAUCACUCGAGACAACGAGCUUAUCUCUCUGCGUACCGAAGCGGACUACCAACUGGUGAAAGCAGUGGCGAUGGCAGCAGUAACUGCGGGACAGACGGACGAGACUGUCGCUAGGGCACCGAGGUACGGCAUCAGUGGACAGCAGUCGCAACCAUCAUCGCCACCGCAGGCGCGUUGUUUCAGCGCCUUGGAUAGGUCAUUGGGUCAAUCAUCUACAACGGUUGGGGAGAUGAGUUGCUCUCUGCCUCAAACUCCACGACCAGUGAUUCUCCUCAGUCCACCAUGCGACUUCAGCAAGUCGGGAGUGCUCCGCAUUGCUGACGCGAUUCUCCAAAAACUCGAGGCUCAAGCGGUGAUUGCUCCGGGCAUGCGAUGUCCCGAUAUGACCAACGUCUUUCGACGCUGGCCACUCGGUCUGCAAGGCACCAUAGAUGCGGAUGUUGUGAGGGGUGGAAGAACGACUCUCCAUCCUUGUGGUCGCUCAAGAGCUCUCUCCAGUACUACGAAGGUGACAACAACGACUACUACUGUAGGAACAGGGAACUCACUCUAUCACUCCACGUUGGAUAACAGCAAUAUCCCGACUCUGUGCAUCUCUGAUGACUCGGGCAAGGCGGGUUCCAUGGACGCGUUGGACGUAGAAGUCGGCUGUCGAGGACGGGCAGAUGAAGAUUGUUUCCGGUUGAGUCCAUUUUCACUUUCUAUCUCGAGAUCCUCUAGUGGUGGUGCUGGUGGCAACGGUGGUGUUGGCGGUGCCGGUAGUUCCGGUACCAGUAUUGAUCCAAAGACCGACCGAGCCAUCACCUCUGAACUCUCGCGCGUUCAUCUCGAUUCCACGGUGAAAGCACGCAUUCGUGCUGCUAUCUAUCGUGAGCUGAGACGCAUUGGACAUCUGACCUCAACGCCACAGGAUCAUCAAGGUCAUCUCAGUAAAACCGAAACAGGCGAUCUAGCUCAACAGGGUCCUUACGGUAGUCUGGAGAGCGGAUGCAUGGAGCCAACGGUAGGCCAUAAUCUCAGCACUCCACCUUCCUCCUUCCGAGGUGUGCAUUCACCUGGCACCGUGGAUGCUGCGGAGGAUCGUGAAGUACUGCUAACAUGUCUCAGCGACACUCUCGACCUCCCAUUGCUUCGUAGUCCCUCCUUUCUCCUCUUUUCACUGGCCUGCACUCUGCACAUGUUUGCACUCUUUGUGCCGUAUCACAUGCUCCCACUGUUUGUUUCGCUGGAGGGUCGAACUCUCGUCUGUGGCCAGUCAAUUCGGUGUGUUCACUCUGGUUCCGUGUUCCGAGUACCGGAACAGUUGGCAACCGUGAAAAGCGUCAUCUGUACUGUCGGGAUUGCCCAUCUUCUUGGACGACUCAUCGCUACCUUUUACAUCGAGCAUAUCGUGAGUGGAUCCAGUCAUCUUCAGCGUUGCGACGACAACGACGAAGACAAUGAAGAGGAUAGUGGACUUUUACGCCUUCUACGACGGUAUCUACACUCAUUGCUACAUCGACUGGCGGAUCCAAUGGUCCUAAAUAUUGUAUCUCUAGUGGUGGGUGGUGCUAGUCUUCUCUGCAUCCCCCUCACCACAUGGGGAGCAGGAUCGCCUCAUCAUCCUCUCUCCUCCUCGUGUGUGCUCUUUUGUGGUAUCCUCCUCAUGCUAGUCUUCCUUCACACUCUUGCCAGUGCUCUCGCCUUAUCUCUCCGAAGUGCUGUCGCGGUGGAACUAAUUGGUGUACAUCAUCUAACGCCAGCAUUCGUCUAUCUUCUUGUCUUUCAAGGGGCUGGAGCCAUCGCCGGUCCUCUAACAGUGGGUCUGAUCGCAGAGGUGGCUUCAGGCAUUCAAAUCGGUGCACGACUUCUACACGAACCACAAAUUCUAUUAACAGGGUCAGAAAAUAACCCAUUAAGUUGGGCGUACUACACUUGUGGACUGGUGUUCCUGCUAUCCGCACUCGCCUAUGCGCCGCUGCGUUCGCUCUCGGCUUGGGAGACACAUCGGUAUUUGGCGAAGCGGGCGCAUAGCGCUCGGCCCUCGGCUUUAUUCUCCCACUCGACCUCUGGUGUCUCCGCCAUCGGUACGAAUAAAUUUGCCAACCAGCGACUAAAUGACUCAGCCCCUGGCGACGGUGUACCGGCCGCUGCUGUUGGUGAUACGCGGGCUUCUUCAGACGCUGUUAAGCGGAAGUACUCGAGUGAUUGUCAGGAGUCAAAAAGUGGUGUCGGUCCCUCUGAGGAACUGGCGGAGAAUGUGAAGGUGGCGGAUGGGGUAAUGCAUACUUUCCAUUCCAUUUCCAAGUCCAAAUCUUCUGCGGUGCUGUAA